GAGGAGUACCCAGGACCCAUUCGCCACUAUGCUUAGAAAGGAAGUGACGUCACCAACUGCGUCGAUCCUAUAUCUAGCUCAGUACAGCGUUUCUUUCGCUCGUUCGCUCACAUUACGAAUUAUCAACUAAAAUAACAUUCCAAUCUGCGCACAAUGGCAGGAAACCGGGCUCCGUCUUGUCAUCUGUGGUUCGAUGACCGGGAGAAAGGCGACAUCCUGAUGCACGACGUGCAUGUGCCUGGUCAUGGGGUCACUCGGUGCACAUAUUACUGCUGCAUGCAGUGGAAUGGGGGUCGCAAUGGUUUGGGUUAUUGUGGUAUUCAAGAACACCCGAAUGGACAGUGCUACAUCUUCUCAAUCUGGGAUCCUACAACAACCAACGAGGCCAUAGAACCGGUUUACAGACAUCCAGGAACCAAGACGGAAAAGUUUGGCGGAGAAGGAACCGGUCUGAAGUCGAUGAAUUUCAGCAUCGGAUGGAAGCCAGACCAGUGGUACACAUUGGUUGCUAGGAGAUGGGACUACAAAGAACACACCUACUUCGGGUUUUGGGCUCGGGACCAGAUUGCCAACACGUGGUUCCAUCUCGUUUCCAUGGAUUUCCCUGUGUCGGAAAUAUACUUUGAGACACCCACCGUGUGCUUCAUCGAAGACUGGAUUGGCAAUGGGGACAAAUACAGACGCGUCAACUUCAAGAAUGGCUACAAGAGAACGACCGAUGGUGCCUGGCUGCCCUUCCAGAAGGCGACGUUCAAUGUGCUCCAAGAAGAUGCUUGUAGGUUAUACAACCACAAUUAUGACGGGGGGAUAGACUGUAAUGACUUCUUCAUGCAGACUGGCAAGGGGACCACACCUUCUCCUAUUUUGGCCACCGACCGGAAGUUCUCAUGUCAAUCCGCUGCAAGGUCAGAACCAUCGAAUGACCCCAUUUACUUCACAAUAGAGGAAGUGACGUCAAAAGAGGUCACGUGGUCCGUCCCAGAAUCCUCGACACCCCAGUUCUCCUACAGGGUUAUCGUUGAUGGUGUAGAUGUAGCUCGUGAAGUUGAUCCAGGCAAAAGAAGCUGCAUCAUUAACGCAACUUGCAGGUCAGAGGUGAAGGUCGUUUUAGAGGACAUCAUUGGGAGAAGGCGAUCGUCGACUGUGCGGGUUGAGUGACAUUAGCCAUGUGCGAAAAAAACACACAUAUCACACCUAUUACUCCAGUGCAAUUCUCAAGAAGUGUCCCUAUCGAGAAGGAUCUUAGUUGUAACAAAACUGUCUGAGGGUCAAUAAACAUAAACCCCAGAGUUCCUCACACAUUGCCGAGCUAGGCACAAUACAGUCUCAUAUAACCAUAAGAUCCGAGAAGAUCCGGGGUAGAAUAGGUCUUCAGCAACCCAUGCUUGCCAUAAAGGCGACUAUGCUUGUCGUAAGAGGCGACUAACGGGAUCGGGUCGUCAGGUGUGCUGACUUGGUUGAUGCAUGUCAUCGAUCCCAAUUGCGUGGAUCAAUGCUCAUGAUAUUAAUCACUGGUUUGUCUGGUCCCGACCCGAUUAUUUACAGGGUCUGUUAGCUCAAUAGCACAGUCCUCACUGACGUAUUGUACUAAUCAGGAAUAACGGAUACUCCUCAUCGGCGAUGUAACGAAAGGUUAAUCCUCUUCAAUAGUGAGAUGAGGUGAACUGGGGUUUAACGUCAACAUUAUUUAACUGAUCAAGCCGCAUCGAACAAAACUGAAAGUACACAUUCAAUUGUCACUAUUUUUUAAAGAGGUGAGGUGAGGAGAGAAGAGGCUGGUUGGUGUUUAACGUCGCGUUUAUGAUUAUUUCACUUGCAUACCGACGUGCAUGUACGCGUGUGUGCGGUUGUUUUUUAACUCGGUGUUUUGCGUGUGUGAUUCAACAUUACAAGAGUACAGUAACCAUGGUCCAGACACACAGUGUAUGAAAAUAUGGUGUAGAAGUUGAUUUAAAUUGACAUGUGAACACACAUAUAUAACACAUAAUCACUGCGGCUAACACAAUGUAUAUGCUGCAAUCAAAUUCACACUUACUUAAACGACAGACACACCAGGAACCAAGAGGCAAUAAUUAUUCUUGUUGCUGGCCACACAGAGACAGACACACAUUUCCCCAACACUUUGGUAGGAUUGGUUGGUUGGUUUAUUGUUUAACGCUUGGUGCAGAAUAGUUCAUGCAAAACAAGAAACUGUCACACUGUCCUGGUGGGAGAUGACACAGACUUGCUCGUCCUCCCUCUUCAUCAUGUUA